AUGGCCCCGCCGACCAAUAGCGAGCUCAAUGAAAGACGAGAAAAGAAUUGCAUCGCCAUCUCUCACGAGAGAAAGUACUUCCGAGUUGGCAACACGUGGGUAAAGCGAGGCCUACGACCCCACGAAUGGCAAAAGCAGAAUGAAACCGGAAUUCCGCUCCCAAAAUUACUUGGCUGCUUCGAAGAUGACGGCGCAGCAUACCUGGUUACUGAAUAUGUGGAAGGAGUUGGAAUGAAUGAUCUUGAUACUGAGCGUCAAGCUGUUGUUACGAAAGAGCUACAAUGCCACAUACUCACACUCAAGAGGCUUACCUCUGAUACCUGGGGUGGACCAGACAAGAUGCUAACUUACUGCCAGGUUCUUCCGCCAUAUCGUAUUAUGCGAAAAUCCGACGGGCGACCAUGGAGAAUGCGUCAGCGGAAGCAGCAAGACCUGGUGUUUUGUCACAAUGAUCUCUCUAUGAACAAUGUCAUUGUUGACCCAAUCACGCUCAAGAUCAGGGCUAUCGUUGAUUGGGAAUAUGUGGGUUUCUAUCCACCUAAAUUCGAAUAUCCAUUCUACCGGAGGCUAGGUCCAUCUGUCCCAUUAGACGGUGAGGUGGACGAUUUUGAUUUGUUGACGGGGAUGAUCUCUGAAGACAGGGAAUAG